ACCGCGCCCUGUCACCAAGUGUUUCUCGCCACCUACACUUCACUCUGACUCGUACGUCAAUAUGAUGACAUCACGUAUGUUCGUACUUAUUGCGUUUGUGUUGGUGAAGAAGUGUGUCGGUAGCCCUGUGGAUCAUGUGGGCGUAAUGAUGGGCAUAGUGAAGGGCGGCUUCGCGUACCAGGUGGGCGAGGUGGUGGGCCAGGUAGUGGAACUGCACCUGACAGGAUGUCACUUGGUGCUGGUUGACACAACACAAAACCCAACGUUCUCCACGACGAUCAGACAGUUAAUGAGAAUGAGAACGAGUGUGACGAUAGUCGAGGCGUGGCGGUUGUUUUCACAGGAGGAGGCACGCGGGAACGAGUCAAAACGUGACCAACUAAACGGUGAUCAAACCGUCAGCGACCGGCUUGCAAGGAACCAGCUCCUGCAGGGGCUGUGGGGGGACGCUACACUCACGUGCCGCGCCCUCAUCAUAUACUUGGACAACAACAGCAGCCUCUUCUUCAUGUUCCUGGAGUGGUGUGAAGUGUGGCGACGACCAGAGAUUCCUGUGGUGGUGGUGGGUGAGAGGGAGGGAGUGGAGACCGUCCUCCUUCACCACAGUCUUCGCAACACUAUUCACACCCUUUACCUCGCCCUCCAUGACCUCCCCCUCCACAGAGGCCAGAGACCAUCGCUCAACAUGAGAUCUAGGGAAAGGAGCAAAAUCAGAGCAAGUGAGGGUGAGCAGGUGUGGGUGUACAGGCGGUGUCUGUACUGUAAGAAGGGUGAGGCUCAGGUCCAACUCCUGUAUCAGGGGAACGUGACCUCAGGCCUCCAGCACCGUAUCAACCUCUUCCCAGAACAACUGGAAAACUUCCUGGGGCACACAUUCCAGCUGGUGGGACUGCGUUACCUUCCUUUCAUUGAUUUCGAAGAGUUCAAAGAGCCGGGCACCCCGGUGGCUCCUCGAGACUCCCUCAACACCCGCAUGCUCCACACCUUCGCCAAUAAUCUUAACUUCUCAUACGUCUUGCGUGAGCCCCUGGAUGAGAAGUGGGGGACUCCAGCAGCCGAUGGCAACUGGACAGGGAUCGUUGGCACCCUCCAGCACCAGCAGGCGGACUUCUCCCUCGACCUUACACUCACAGAGUCAAGGAGCCGCGUCAUGGACCACUCAAGGAUCUAUAAUUACGAUCCUUAUAUUAUUUUGUCUCUAAAACCUUCAUCUCUACCGCGACACCUGGCGCUCACCAGACCUUUUAAAGAGGAAGUCUGGAUUACGAUCAUUGUCUGUACACCUGUUUUGGGCCUCAUCCUGUGGCUGCUGCAGAAGGCGUGGUCAUGGGCGUUAGCUGAACGUGAUGUCAGCCUGGUGCCCCCACUCUUCCACACUUGGGGAAUAUUACUGUCAGAGCCAAGCCCAACACUGCCCACCAAAGCCAGUGGACGGGUGCUGAUGGGGUGGUGGUUGCUGACCUGCGUGAUCAUCACAGCAGCCUACCGCUCCUCCCUCGUCGCCCACCUCUCCGUCCAGAGCAAGUACCCGCCCAUUAACACCUUCCAGGAUCUCCUCAACCGAGAUGGCUGGUCCUGGGGUAUUUAUGAAUUAGUAGGAACUAAUUUCUUGUACUUUAACGGAAGUUCUGAUCCUGAUAUUCAAGGAAUUUAUCAACAUAUGAAAAAUUUGGAGAAUAGUGACGCGGAAGAAUGGCUGGAGCGUGUGCUGUAUGGUGGGUUCUCCCUCCUAGAUCUCAAAACGUGGACUCAGAUUCAAGUGGCUAAGCGCUACACUGACAAACACGGCAACACACCUUUUCACAUCGGCACCACCGAAUAUCCCGUUUUUGGAGGCAAUGUUUGGGGAUUCAGGCAAGUUACCUUGAAUUGUCCUUUUUUAGUACGCACAAAAAAAAACUCUUCUAACCAUUAUUACAAUAAACAGCCACUCGUAACUCAAUGACGGACACAUAUAUGUGCCUCAACUGUUUACAAAUACCCAAAAAAUUACGAUGCAUCUUUAAACAACACUUACCUCAAAGCCCGCUGUGCUGUAUUCGGCCCAUAUUGCACCCCGCCACAGAAUGAAAUCCCUGCAACUGUUUCUCGUGGACCGAGACUACUGUAAAACGCCAUCUACCUUCCUUUAGACUAAUUCCCACUGACCACCUCCCUAUAUUAAGAGAGCAGUCUUGGUUCCUUCUGUGGAAGAGGAUUAUUGAAACAGUCAACCAAUGUGUAAUCUUUAAGAC